UCCAGUUGCAUUGCGACUUACAUUCGCUGCCGGGUUAGCAUCGAGAAAACAUAGCGACAUCAUGGCAGGCGCAAGCUCAGGAGUGUUACCUUUCUAUCAACGUUAUGUGAACGGGGUUCCCGUUCCAGGACGCAAAACAUUGAGGUUGAGGGAAAAAUAUAUACUUUUGUUAGUGCUCAUGACCUUCUCAAUUGUAUGUAUGUGUGCGUUCAUGUAUUUGCCUAAUCUACAUGAUAAGGUGUCUAUGGAAGAGAUGCGAAAGAGGUUACAUGAUGCUGGAGAUAGAUUGUUUAUUCCUCAAGCAAGAAUGGGGCCUGACGGUGUACCUUUAGAUUGGGGUAAAGUUCUACGACACGAUGAGGAUGAAGACGUACAUAAUGUGAAUGAUAAACAUAAGCUUCAAGGGAAAAUCGAAAAAGCAUGGGAGCAGGAUAAACUGAGCGAAGCGCUAGGGAAACAAAUGGAUUUACACCCUGAUGAAGCACAAAAGUUGAAGGAAAGCAUUAAAUUUGAGAAAGAAAAUGUGCUUCAAAAGCAACGAGAGGAGAAUGAAAGGCAAAAGCUUGCUGCUAUUGAGGCUGCAAAACAGGUCGUGAAAGAUCAUGAUGGACACCCGGGUUCUCGAGGCGGUGAACCUUCUGAUCCGGAUGCAAAGGAAAAGAGGGAUAAAGUCAGAGAGAUGAUGCGCCACGCCUGGUCCACGUACGUGAAGUACGGCUGGGGCGCCAACGAGCACAAGCCCAUCUCCCGGCGCGCCCACUCCUCCAGCAUCUUCGGCUCCGUGGGCCUGGGCGCCACCAUCGUGGACGCCGUGGACACGCUCUACGUCAUGGGGCUGGACGAGGAGUACAAGGUGGCGCGAGACUGGAUCGCCACCUCCCUCAACUUUGACAUCGUUUUCAAGAAAAAGGCCAAGGAAGUGGCAGAUAAACUGUUACCCGCCUUCAACACACCGACUGGACUACCCUAUGGAUUAGUCAAUUUCAAGACGUGAUGAAGAUUCGUAACUUUUUGAGAGACGCUGACAAGCCAAGCGGGCUGUAUCCAAACUAUGUACACCCCAAAACUGGCAAAUGGGGACAACAUCACGUGAGCAUGGGAGCGCUGGGCGACAGUUACUACGAGUACCUGCUCAAAGAGUGGCUGGUCUCCAACAAAGAGGACUCGGACGCCAGGGAAAUGUACGACAAAGCCAUGCAGGCCGUCUAUGACAAGCUACUGGCCAAGUCCAACUCUGGUCUCACAUACUUUGCUGAGUACAAGUCUGGCCGUCUGGAGCACAAGAUGGACCAUCUGGCCUGUUUCGCAGCGGGUAUGGUUGGACUGGGAGCCGAGGGCUCAGACAACAAACAGAAGUACUUGAACAUGGGAGAGGAGCUGGCCAACACCUGUCACGAGUCUUAUAUACGCACAGCCACGGGCCUGGGUCCCGAGUCGUUCCGCUUCGAGGGUUCGGUGGAGGCCAAGGCGAUCCGUCAGAACGAGAAGUACUACAUCCUGCGGCCCGAGGUGCUGGAGGGCUGGUAUUACAUGUGGAGGCUGACCAAGAAGCAGAAGUACCGAGACUGGGCCUGGGCUAUGCUGCAGUCCUUGGAGAAGCACUGCCGCACUGAGGGCGGCUACACCGGCAUCAAGGACGUGUACCAGGUGAACCCCCAACAGGACGACGUCCAGCAGAGUUUCUUCCUGGCCGAGACCCUCAAGUACCUCUACCUGAUCUUCUCCGACGACUCGCUGUUGGCCCUGGACAAGUGGGUGCUCAAUACAGAGGCGCAUCCGCUGCCCGUUAAGGGAGUCAACCCUGCUGCUAUGGAGCUGUAGAGGAGUACAAUGACGAUCGCUUUCUGUGGGUGAUGUCUGUUUCUUUUCUUUUUUUCUUCGUUCUUGUUCUUUGCCGAUUCACAGAGAACACAGGUAGGAUAGUUCUCAGGUACAACCUCCGAAGGUGCCAUUGUUAGUGGACAAGGAGAGGAGACACUUUUAUUGCUCAGUAAAAAUUUGCUCUAGAUAAAGUGAGAAGGAUUAGAGUGCAGCCUCUUUCCUUUUUGCUGCAUCUGUGAUUUUUUGUUUGUUGUUCUUUACGGAUUUGGUAAAGAACCAAGAUAGGAUGGAGCUCAGGUAUAGCUUCCGAAGGUGCCAUUGUAAGUGUACUUGAGUGAUAAGACUCGGCUCUUGUUCUUCUUGGAGUCGUAGAACCUAGUUGAGCAGUGUCUCAGGAUUAAGCCCCAGGUGCCAUUGUAAGUCAUAAUAAGACUGGAGAAAGAUGACGUCUUUUGUUGCUCAGCUAUCAUUUGUACAUGAUGAAAUCAAAACUGUACAUGGCUCAGUGUCUAGGGAGGGGUUUGCAUUUUAGUUUGUUUUAUUGUUGUAAGAACUUUUGGGGAAAGUCUGUUCUGGGUUAGUUUUGUUGCCCUGCAAUUUGAAAGGGAGCACUUUGUUUGAUUGUUCAUUUGUGUAGCCUGAGGACUGCUCGAAUUAAGUUUUGUCAAAUUAAUCAGUAGGUUUGGGGGUGUUUGUUGGUUGUUUUGUUUUGUUUUGUUUUGUUUGUUUGUUGUUGUUUUUUUUUUUGGGGGGGGGAGGUGUUUUCUGUCCCUCUACAACUGCAGGACAGACUGUGGUCGGACAAAAUUUCGUGGCAUUUCUACAGAAUUUAUGUCUUGGGAGUGCAAUACAACUUAAGACGCCGAUUCAUCUUCUUGAUGUUGAACGGAGAAGAUUGAACGACUUUUGUCUCUCUCCCUUGUGAUCUGGAUAUCUCGUUACGUAUCCCCUGACAGCAUUGAGUAGCAGUUCCUCUCUGGUUACCCCAUGAACUUCCGUUCCAAAGUCCAAUCCUUGGACAUUUUGUUGAGCAUCGGUUCACCCUCUUGCUUUACCAUGCUUGUCAUCUCAUGAUGAGGUCUCUGAACUACCUGGUUACACUUCCUGAUUGGUUUCACAACUAUCAAUUUUAGAUUUAUCCACAGAGUCAAUUUUUUGCUCCCCCACCCCUAAAAAACACUCAAAAUAUUUCAAAUGUCUGUUUUUUCCUCUUUCUUUCGUAGUGUAACCAUUUACAUCUGUUUGUCGUUCCGUUUUGGGGAAGCUAUUUCAAGGAGUGUCUUCAUCUGUCUGUGGAGUUGAUUACAUACAUCACAAGUUGACCCUGACAGGCAGGGUCUAAGUAGCCGGCCUCCUGAAAGAUCUUGAUUAUAUCGUUGAAGACAUUAGGCAUUUACAAUCAGUCUUGGUGACAAUAACAUUUACCAUCAUUGUCCACUGGGGAAGAAGACCCUGUGACAGUAAUUUAUAUUGCAUUCGCUCUUUUGUGAUCUGUAUAGGAGUCGUUUUUGAUUAGUUUUGAAAUAUUGUCAGCCUAAGUUUUUCCAACUUAACUUUGAUAAAAAUCAAAGUUAACCUUUUGCACUAUUCAACCCUUGCAGACCACAAUGGAAAAAUGAUUUGUCAUAAACUCAAAAUUAUUGUGCCUUUAGCAUGACCUCUACUACCAUAUUCACCCUAUUAAACUGAACUAUGGGCAGAACUCUUGAGUUUGAGACCCCUUUCAGACGAGGGUACAACUGGAAAAAAACAACAACAAAAAACAAAUAACAACAAAGUUUAGUGUAUUUUGAAUGGUAAAGUUAAAUUUUCUGUUACUCUGUAAAUGUGAUAUUUUGAUCUUUUCCCAUUGUGGUGUUCACUUGGUUGCAGAAAAAAGAAAAAUCUGCUUGCCCUAACGUAUUUAUGACCUCAUUAAUUUGUGUCAUGCGUAUAAUAUAUUUAUAUGUAGAGUGGUUUGUAUCAUGCGUCUGUUGUUCCCAUGAUAUAGAAUACAUCGGUCAUUUGAUUUCUUUCUGAAGUUCCCAGGCGGAACAGUCACUGUUGAUGUGUGCCGAUGUUUGUCAUAUCACUGGGUUUUACACGUAUGUAGAUGAUCCUUCUGUGUGGCAAGUUUGUCUCUGUGCAGAGUUCUUUGGAAAUAAUGGAUAUCAGGACUUUUGAAGUCCACAUGAUGUUGGUUUUUUGGGGGGUUUUUUGGUGUGUGUGCGCUUGUUUGUGUAUUGGAGGUGGGGGGGGGGGGGGUAUAUUUAUGUGUGAUUGUGUGUGGGGAGGGAGAGAGAAAGUGGUGGAGGAAAUGAUGAGAAAGAGUAAUAGUUAUGGAAGGCAGAAACAAAAGAAAAGACAUUGAAGGGAAAAAAAAAACAAGAAGGGGGAGGUGGGAGUGUUAAAGGAGAGAAAGAGAGGGAGAGUGAAACAAUGGGUUGUUGUGGGGACACGAUGCUUUUUAGUGUGAAAGUUUCGAAUUUUUUAUGACCGUUCCUUGUUAGUUUUACAUGUUUCUCGUUGUGAUGAUAGAUGACUGACCCUUGAUGAUGCAUGUUUUGAGGCAUUGUCAAUUUGAUAAAAUUUAGUCGCCAGCCUCCUAAAGCAAUCAUUCUGAUGUCAAUAUUUAAUUCAGUCUUCAAUUUUAUUUUGUUCUUAUACAAUAUUUUUGUGUCAUGAUGUAGAUUGUGAUGAUUUGUCUGGCGUCUUUAGAGUGUAGUCUGUGUUCCUUUGUAUGGGCGUGGGGGGUUGGCAGGUGACCUGGUGUGGUUUGCUCCAUCUUUCCCAUCAAACAUAUAUCGUCCAGAAAUGAGAGCUGUCAUUGUCAUUGGAUAUGUGUGUCAUGUCUAGUAUCUGUAAUAGUUUUUUGUGCAUGUAGGUGACUUCUGACUGCGGUGAAAUAGGCUCUUCGCCGCUGCAUGCUGAAGACGUGAGUACGAGUCUGUAAGGGAAGUUUUUUGGGUUUUUUAUGUGGAGUUUCGCUAUCUGCUAGGAUGGUUUCCCUCUCAGCCCAAAGUUGCCGGAAGCAGCAUGCUUCCUAAAUAAUACAAAUUGUACUGAAGUUGGGAAACAUCUUUAACUGUCGUUGCAAUUGUUGCACAUAAAUGUGCUCAUGACCUGAAACAUUGACUGUCCUCCUGGUGUGUGAACUAGAAGUGUGUGUGUGUGUUUUAUGUAUUUUUACCCAGUGUAGAUCAAUACAUCAUAUAAUUAAGUUUAAAAACUACUGCUUUUUAUGACUCGUUAUCAUAGAGUUGAUAUUUACAUAAACAUUCCCUUUUUAAGUGGUUGUUAACGGAAUGACUGCGGUAUUGUACUACUAAUGUGUGAGAGCCAGAUCUUCUGCAUUUCAGUUUGUGUACAUCUGUAUUAUUGUGUUCCGUUCAUUAGUAUGUUCUGUACAUAUUUGAAUUCUCUUGAAAAGAUGCUUCAUCAUAUUACUCGGAUGACUACAUCUUUAAUGUCCGUUGUGUUUUCUGUGUGGAGUUUUGAUGUAGAUGAUUAUGAUUCUUUUUGGUUUCCUCUGUCCUUAUUAUUUUCUUUGGUUGGUUUAGACUUUUUUCCUUUUUAAAUUAUUUUUUUUGAUGGUGUGGGGGCGUGAUGUAUUCUUAACACAUUGUUUUGUGGUUUGUGUAGUUCUACUUAAGUAUGUGGUUGGGUGUGUGUGUUCUUCUAUUUGCUUGCUCAUGUGUUUAUUUGUUUGUAUAUGUAUGAGAGGCUGAGAGAGAAACUGAGAGCUGUAUCUGUUUGCUUGCUCAUGUAUGUAUUUGAUUGUAUGGAUAUGUGAGAUCGAGAGAGAGAGAGAGAGAGAGAGAGAGAGGGAGAGAGAGAGAGAGAGAGAGAGAGAGUAGUAGUACAUGAUGUAAAUUAUUGCUAGAUAUUUAUUUGUCUGAACUAACAGUGGGUUAUAUCGCAGUUGCUGUGAGUGAGACUGUUAGUGUGGUAGUUUCCGUGGCUUCUAAAUUCUGUAGAUGGCUGGAGAUCACCACUGGCAGCUCCUACUUCUUUUUUUUUACUGUCUGUCUGUCUUUCUAUUUCCUACACUUAAUGAUCUUAAGUGUGUCAGCGUGCCCCUCUUUACUGACACAAACAUUGCUUGGCCUGUCCCCCUUUAUCUCUUGUACCACAAGGCUGUGGUUGCAGUUUGGACUUUUUUUUUUUUUGGUUGUUUAAAAAAAUAUAUUUUUGCCUUUCAUGUCGCUGCUGUUACAGCAAAUUGUGAUGCUUUAUCGCUGUGUACCAACUAUGAUUGACUGCUCUGUGGUGGCAGAAUUUAACUACUUAAAUUGUCUGACAGACAGAUCAAUAAGCUGCUUUGUGCGAUUUCCUUUGUGUGGUUUGCUCCUUCUUUCCUAUCAAACGAUUAUUGUCCUUUUCCAUCCUUCUUUUUUUGUGUUUGUUACUCUAUUUUAACACCUUUAAUCUUCGGCUCUUAUACGACCUAAUUGUGUUGCAAGUGCCGUGAAAUGCUUACUAACAUAAGACAAUAAAACAGCUGAUAUACCAUGUAGGUCUCUUUUUUUUUCUUUUCCUCUAUUGUCUCUUGCUUUUUUCCCCCUGAGCUAAAUGAUCUUUUGUCAUGUGGAUAGGCAGUUGAAAAAUGGAGGACCACCUAUAAUUCAGGAGAAAAGUGGUCAUCUUAGACAGGUAGUCUCAGUGAACAACGUCAUAAUGAUCUAAAAAAUUUUUUUUAAAGAUGGAAGGAUGGGGGAAUGGGAAAUGGUAGUUUGAAAAGGUAAUCGUCUUUGACAGAUGUUUGGUUGUUACAGCAUGUUCGACUGUAUUUCUCAUUUCUCAAACAAAUAGACUCAGACUAGUGUUUCCCUGUUGCCGGGCCAGAACCUGUGGUUUUCCCACAGCCAUGUUUGUGCUUGUGCUGGGGAGGUGUCAUUUUUCCACCUGAAUCAAUGGUGUAUUGUAAUGUUCGGCACUUGAACAUGCAUGCAAAGGACAUCUGUUUAAUUCUCGUUUUGGAAAGAUGUUUGAUGAGUUGUCUCAUUCUGCAGGGAUGUAUCCCAUUUGUCCGAGAUUAGUGCCAACAAGCAAAAUCAAAGCAGCCUGCCUCUAAAAUUAUUUAAAUUGUGUUGAUGAAGGUGUAAAUGAUUUAUAGAAAAAUCUAAGACUUAGUUGGUGUUCUAAAUUUCAUAGCUGUGGGACAGCUUAUUGGACUAGAUGUUUCUUUUAAUUCUGCCCUAGUUUGCUUCUUCUUAUUCUUGGUUUCACCUUUAUCUUAAUCUAGGCUUUUUUAUAAGCUCCCGUGACCUCACAGUGUCGGCGAGGAUUGUGCAUUAAAGAUUCUUUUCAAAAUGAAGGUGUGAGAAAUAACCAGAUGGCUGAAAGAGAUAACCUUACCUUACUUCAUUUGCUUGUAGAGGUGUGGUCUCUUAAUAGGUGGUCUUUAAAGAAGUAGUGUUAAUACUUACUUCUCCCUCUGUUUGCACAUAAUGCUGGACUGUUUGCUGUAGUUUGUUCCCAAAGGAAUGCAGAAGUUAUCUACAAGUGUGUAUAGGUGUAGCUGGACCUGUGGAGAUUGAUUACAUUUUUUGGUUCCUGUGAAUGGUGGAAGCUGUCAACACUUGUUGAGUAUGUUAAGCUUGGUUUUUUUUUUUCUUUGUAGUAUAUAGUUUUGCUGGCUGUAUUGAGCUACUGCUCCUUUGUUUCCCUCUGUUGUUUCAGACCGUCUAUUUUGCUCUACUAAAUGAUCAUGAUAGUGCCAAUGUUCUUUUCUGUACUUGAACUGAACUAAGCUUCGGGUGAUGGAGGGUGCCACUGGUAGGUCCCACGUCUGUUCUUUCUCUCUAAUAUUUCCUGUCUAUCUGUCUUACUUUUUCUCUGCAAUAAAUAACCACAUAUUAUGUCCAUGUGCUUCUCUUUUCGCUCACAUACAAUACUGAACUAGGCCCGCUUCUUUUGUUAUGUGUCUGUCUGGUGUCCUGCUAUGACACAGAAUUAUGUGGCCAUCAUUGUGUCAGUGUCUUUUUUUUUACUCUGGCUCAGUCACAAAGACAAUCACCAAAGUCUGUGGUGUAUAAUUCAGACAUCAGGGCAUGCAGCAUCGCUGAGUUAUGGUUACCAAUAUUUGCACUUAACUGUGUGUGUUAUCAUUUUUGUGUCCUAAUAGUAAUAACUAAAAGAUCGUUGGUCGUUGGCUGUAGGCAGAGUUGGCAAAUAACAGUCUACAUAUUUUUGUAAUGCUUGUUGUAUAUUUUGUCUCGUUACAUCAUAUUCCAAUCAGUUCAGCUUUAUGUCUCCAUCUUUCUCUCAUGUAGAUUUAUAUGCAUAUUCAAGUGUGUGUGUGUGUGUGUAUUUGUACAUUUAGUUUUUAUUUUAUUGGAGUGGAAUUUUCUGUUUAUUCCACCUACAGGGUGUGACUGUGAAUUUUUUAACAAAUAUUUUUCUCCAAAUGCCCUGCCUGUGACUCGUGUGUCUGGUGUAUGCUGUGAGAAUUUUAAAGAUUCUGUGGACGAUAAGCGGGAAUUUGGAGAGUGCAUGCAAGGGAUUCCACAAUUUUAUACACCCAGUGGGGAAGGGUGUUUCCUUAAAAACAGCUAUAAUUUAGUCUUAAAUAGCGAGCCAGUGAAAUGUGGAACCUUAAACGCCACUUCAGUGGUGAGCUGGAUUUAAAGAGUUAUUUGUGUCAGCUUGCUGCUCUUUUUGGAAACUGAAGUAUACUGUUGGCUCUGUUGUGAUAUCCAACACAGUAAAAAAAACAAGAGAUUGCAACUCUCACUAUAAGCAGUUUUUGGUUGUGGUGUCUGGGGAGUGAUUUUGGCUUUUUAGCCUGGUCUGUGUGCGUGUGUGGCCGUCGUCGGUCUUCCUCUACUUGUUUUCCUUUUUAUUUGUGCUUGUGUAUGUACGUGUUUGUGUGUGUGUUGGUGGGUGGGUGUGCGCGCUCGUGCAACACAGCUUGUAUUUGAAUACAAGUCAGAGUGACCAUUGAUCUGAUCAAUAUGUCAUGUCUGUUGUUAACUCUAUAGGUUAAUGUAAGUCAUUUUUUCAACCCAAAUUAUAAAAAGACUUUUAUGUCAGAUGCUUUAAUAGUUCUUAGAGGUGUAUUCGUCCACAUUAUUUGUGUAAGUUUAUUUGAUUCAGACCACUAUAAUAAUAAUAAUAAUAAUUGCAUUUAUAUAGCGCAUAUCCAUGCUCAAGAGCAUGCUCUAUGCGCUUUACAACUAUUAUUUCAGCCCUUAUGUGGCCCAGAUUCCAUCACCUCCAAUUCUUAUUAUCAGUGACUUUGAGAUGUGCUCUAGAUGUUGAACAAUAAGUGGAUUUGUGUAGAUGAAUUGUUAAGUGCAUGGAGCCUUCUUGCUUAUAGGUUUAUAUGUGGGAUGCAAUCUAGAUAGUUAAAAAUCUUGGCAGUAUUUUAUAUAUUAGUGUUUGAGUGCCAGUUAAAUGGCAGUUUAUGCUGACUUCUCCCUUAGAAGCUGAGAAUGUUUAGGAAUAUUUUAGUCUGUCUUGGUAGUAAUAAAUUGUAAAGCGUAUAGAGUCUACUUUCUAAUUGGGAUGAUAUGCAGUACAUUAAAUAAAUCUGUUAUUAUUAUUAACAUCGACUGAUAACUGGAUUUUUCUCUGAGCGUUCAUGUUAAGACAGGUGUGUAGUGUGAUGCAGAUGAGGAGAGUGGAGUUAUGCAGUUGGGAGCGCCGUAAAACCCCAUACUAAAACAAAGAGUGGAGUGAGUGGUUGUUCACUGGUGUUGUUCACUGGUGUUGUUCACUGGUGUUGUUCAGAUGUUGUACUACUUUGCAGACCCAGGUCCGUGUGAACACGUUUUAGUUACUGCUGUAGUACUUCGCUGUCACUGCCACAAGAACAAGAACAAUGUGCAGGAACUCCCGAUAUUGUUUCACCCCUUGAAAGACUGACCGAGAAUGUAGAGAACACUUUCUGCUGGUGGCUGGAGGAUGCCACCGGUAGUUCCUUCUUCUUGAGUUUUUUUUUUUUUACCUCUGUUGUUUCUAUCAAUUUUGCUUUUUCCUACUGUAUAAUACCAUAUGACCAUUAUGGUGUCAAUGUGCUUCUCUUUACUUUUACUCUAACAAAAA